GGACAUAGUAUAGAAGAAAGGGUGUACAUUCAUCUCAAGCAGUCAUGGGUAACUGGGCAGAGAACGAGGGGCUCUCCAUCUUUGUUGUUUUUGUGUGGCUGGGCUUAAAUGCCUUCCUCUUUGGGUGGUACUACCACGUUUAUGAAGGUGACAAAUAUUUUUAUACACGCAAGCUUCUUGGGCCUGCCCUGGCCUUAGCAAGAGCCCCUGCUGCUUGCCUGAAUUUCAACUGCCUACUGAUCCUGUUGCCUGUCUGCCGAAACCUGCUCUCCUACCUCAGAGGGUCUAGUGCGUGCUGUUCAACACGUAUACGGAGACAAUUGGACCGGAACCUGACCUUUCAUAAAAUGGUAGCGUGGAUGAUUGCCCUUCACACUGCAAUUCAUACCAUUGCUCAUCUCUUUAAUGUGGAGUGGUUGGUGAAUGCGAAGUCCAAAAUGCACUCUGAUAAUUAUUCAAUUGCCCUCUCUGCCUUUGAAGAUAACCCAUCUCUUGGCCAAACUUAUCUUAAUUUUGUUUCAAAACCAUAUGAGGUAAGCACCCUUCUGUCCUGACCAAUGUUGAGGAGC